GGUCCAGGUGCCGCCGGCCGCCGCCGUUCCUGCGCCGUCGCUUCGGGGCGCCCCCACGACGCGCCGCUGCUGAGCCGGGGGCCGCCGGCAGGAUGACCGUCAAGCUGGACUUCGAGGAGUGCCUGAAGGACUCGCCCCGCUUCAGGGCUGCCGUUGAGACGGUGGAAACGGACGUGUCUGUGCUGGAGACGCAGUUGGAGAAGCUGCUGAAGCUCUGCACCACCAUGCUGGACUCGGGGCACCAGUACUGCACCCACAGCAAGAGCUUCCUGUCCGGCAUCCAGGAGCUCUCCCAGAAUUCGCCGGGCGACACCAUGAUGAGCGAGUGCCUAGAGAAAUUUUCCUCGAGCUUGAACAAGAUGAUCGAGAAGCACGAGGAAUUUCUGGACGUGACGCAGCAGACGCUCAAGUACCAGCUGCAGAGUUUGGUGAAGGAAGACAUAAAGCACUUUAAGGAGGUCCGGAAGGAGUUCGAGCGCGGCAGCGAGAACCUGGCCAGCGCCCUGCAGCACAACGCGGAGGUGCCCCGCCGGCGCCAGCACGAGGCCGAGGAGGCCGCGGCGGCCCUGACGUCUGCGCGCACCGCCUUCUGCGCCCGGGCCCUCGACUACGUCCUGCGGAUCAACGUGAUCCAGUCCAAGAAGAAGUUUGAGAUCCUGAAGUUCAUGCUGACGCUGAUGGAGGCGCAGUCCUUGUUCCUCGAGCAGGGGGCCCAGGUGACCAAGCAGCUGGAAAAGUAUCGCAAGGACCUGGCGGCGCAGCUCCAUCAGCUGGUCCUGGAGUCGGCCCGAGAGAAGCGGGAGAUGGAGCAGCGUCACACCAUGAUCAAGCAAAAGGACCUGUCCCAGGAGGACGUCCUUCCCGAAGCCCGGGCAGAGCCAGGCAGGGCGGUGAUGGAGGGGUACUUGUUCAAACGGGCCAGCAACGCCUUCAAGACGUGGAGCAGGCGCUGGUUUUCCAUCCAGAGCAACCAGCUGGUGUACCAGAAGAAGGCCAAGGUCGCUGUGACGGUGGUCAUGGAGGACCUCCGGCUCUGCACGGUCAAGCCCUGCCCGGACCACGAGCGCCGUUUCUGCUUCGAGGUGGUGUCGCCCACCAAGAGCUGCCUCCUCCAAGCGGACUCGGAGAAGCACCAGAACGCCUGGGUCACUGCCGUUCAAAACAGCAUCGCCUCCGCUUACAGCGAGGACCGCUUGGAGUUCCAGGGACAGCCCCUGGAACGGACGGCCUCCCUCUCCGUGGCCGGACUGCGGUCCCCGACCAGUCGGAAGCUCCGGGGCGGCGUGGACAAGCACGUGGUGGACAAGCUGCAGCGCCUGGAGGGCAACGCGCAGUGCUGCGACUGCCGCGAGGCGGCCCCCGAGUGGGCCAGCAUCAACCUGGGCGUCACGCUCUGCAUCGAGUGCUCCGGCAUCCACAGGAGCCUGGGGGUCCACUUCUCCAAGGUACGAUCGCUGACGCUCGACUCCUGGGAACCUGAGCUGGUCAAGUUGAUGUGCGAACUGGGGAAUCAUGUGAUCAACCAGAUUUACGAGGCUCGGGUGGAGGAGAUGAACAUGAAGCGGCCCCACCCGAGCAGCUCACGGUUGGAGAAGGAAGCCUGGAUCCGGGCCAAGUACGUGGAAAAGAAGUUCAUCACCAAGUUCCCCAAGGCCGGGCUGCGCCCCAUGCCGGGCAGCGAGGUCCGGACCCCCGAGAAGCCGCCGAAGCCGUUCCUCAAGCCGAAGCCUCCGCACCAGGCCCGCGGGAAUGCAGGCAGUGGUCCCCGCCGUGUGAGCCCCCCCUCCGGUGUGGCCCCUGGAGGCCAGCGGGAGGGGGUGUCUCCGGGCGCCACCCCCCCUCCGGAAAGCCUGCAGAGCCUGCACCCGGGGGCCCUGCUGUACCGUGCGGCCGCUGCGCCCCCCAGCUUGCCCACGAUGGCCGACGCUCUGGCCCACGGCGCGGACGUCAACUGGGUGAACAUGGCCCAGGAGAGCCGCACGCCCUUGCUACAGGCGGUCGCUGCAAAUUCUCUGCUGGCCUGUGAAUUCCUGCUGCAAAACGGAGCCAGCGUCAACCAGCCGGACAGCAGGGGGAGGGGGCCGCUGCACCACGCCACCACCCUGGGCCAUACCGGCCUGGCUUGCCUGUUCCUCAAGCGCGGGGCCAACAUGAACGCGGUCGACAGGGACGGCAAGGAUCCGCUCAGCAUCGCCAUCGAUCUGGCCAACGCGGACAUCGUGACCCUGCUGCGUUUGGCUAAGAUGCGUGAAUCGGAGCUUGCCCAGGGCCAGUCGGGAGACGAGACCUACCUUGACAUCUUCCAUGACUUUUCCCUCAUGGCGUCCAACGACCCGGACAAGCUGACUCGGCGAAGCGGAGACCUGAUGAAGCUGACGACCCUGUGAAGCCCCCACGGACCCCAGACGGAUGGGAACACGUGGGCAGACACCUCUCGGAGGCGCUGGUUUGCAGAACCUCUGGGGACAGGAGCGAGCUGCCGUCUGGUGUGGGCCGUGGGGACAGCAGGGACCAGGCGCCGAGAUCUGCUCCUUCCUACCCUGCUUGGGAGACUGCGCAGCGCAAAAGAGCCCAGCAGGGCUGAAGUACCGGCCUCUCGGGCACAUCACUCGGGACCCUUCAGCACCUCCGCAUUUUUUAAUUUAUUGCCCUGGGAGAGGGCUUCGCCCGCUCUGCGUCGCGGCUGUGGCCACUGGACGGAUACGAAAAGGGCGGCGUGCUUUCCUCCCCUUUGAUCCAGCUCCGGUUAACUUCCGCCCCUCCCCAGGGGGGCUGGGUGGGCACAGCAGUGCCGGCACGUGAUGCGUGGGAGAGGACACGCAAUAAACCGGUUGUGUUCAGUGGGGCACCUUGUGUGUGCGCACGUGCUCUGCAGACACCCAGCCCCGAGACGGGAGGGGUCCUUUGCGGUGGCUGCGACGCUGCAGGCAGCUGUGGUGGGAAGGCUUCCCAGACAGAUUCCCUUGGAUGCAGACCUCGUCCCAUCGAUGCCAGGCCCCGGCAGAGUCCUAAAAUUUAAGCUGAUCUGUAGACAGAGCUCCCAAACCCAAUUACGAGUUCAUGUAUCCAAGUACCCAUGUGCUCGCCUUCUGUGCCGUACCUAAUUUUCCUGGGCUGUGGUUUAUUUUUAAGGCAUGGGGGCUUCGUGGGUCAGGGCUGGAGCCCCUUCUUGGCUGCAUCAAGCCCCAUGUUCGCCUCUGAGCAUCCCAGCUAAACUGGGGAAGAAAAAGGCCUGGGACCCAGUAAGCCAGAGUCAGGGGCGCCCGGCGACAGCUUCAAAGGGAAGGGCAAAGUUUGAACCCUGCUCCAGCAUCAUGAAAUGAGGAUACUCUGUACAUGCUCCACAGAGCUUGUAUUCACCACUGCUGGUACGCCUGGCUUGCAUUUGAGCCUCGGUGCAUCCCAGGUUAGAUCUUGCAUUCUGCUGAGGGAAACGGCCGGGCCGGAAGCACAGCUGGCUUGUAUCCUAUUUACAGCGUGGCUGGAAAAGAAGAGCUUGUAUGAAGCGGUCGCUGGCAGGGGGCCUUUAGCAGCUGAGCCACCGGAAGAAAUCCAGGAGUUGCACCCUGUCGCCCCAGUACGGGGUGAGGGAACGGGUAGGAGACGUCUCUUCAGUUUGCAUCUCAUGGGGAACCAACCAGGUUUGCGCUUCCUUGCACCGAAAAGCAACCUGGAAUGUCGUUCUGUUUUUCGGAGCAUGUGAGAUGCUGUCCAGGAGUGGCGCUUACGCAAAAGCAAGAACUGGUCACACGGCACGGCGGGUUGCGGAAGUUUUCUCUGCUGACCCAUCCCAGCUUCUAGCGGACGGGUGCCCUUUCCCUGCCCGUCUCCCUUCCCCGUUGCUCCGCUGUGUCGGAAUCGGGAGAGGAAGAGCCUCAUGGCCACGCACCUGGUUUGCGGGAAAGUUGCGCAGGGAGAAGAAAGCCAGCGGGGAGUGCAGGAAGCGGCAGUGCUGGGGUCGGGGGGGGGGGACCCUUCUGGCGGGGGACCCUGCGGGAACGGCCCCCGGGGCUUCUCUUUCGGGCUUCUGGGAGGGAUAUUUCCCGCUCCUACCUGGAGGUGCACCUGCAGAGCAGAGCAGACCUCGGCCACUGGUCUGUGGCCCUGCAGUUUGCUGCCUCGCACGCCUCUCCCCCCUUCCUCCCCGCUCGGUGGCGGAGCCACUCCGGAGCCGUGGCCCAGGGGCACGUGGCGUGGGAGCGAAAGUGCCUGCGCCAUGUCCAUCAGGUAAUGGAGCCUUGGCAGAGUUGCUUCGACUUUUGCCGGCGGGGGCUGGGGGCGGGGAAUCUGGGGGCCCUGGGGCCCCAUUCAGCUCAGGGGUCUCUCCCUGGGAUUCUGGGCAGACGCGCCCACGCAAAUUCCAGCCUGACCCCACACAGACUUGAUAUUCAAUUCAAUUUCUUUAUUUGUGCAAAUGUAAUAAACCCCCUAAGAGGUAAGGA